CUCGCGCGUUACGGUACUCCAGCGAGAAAGCAUUCGUUAAUGUGGGUUCACUGACAUUUGAAUUGAAUCAUAUGUAGAGCCUGUAAUGACUAACCACUUGGUGGGCGAACGAAACAGAGUUCAUGCGCGAACAUCGCUGUUAUGAGCGCAGCAGCAGACGCGCAGGCGCACCGGAAGCAGCCCGGCAGACACAGCUCCGAGCUCCUCUCACCAUGGCUGCUCUCUUCAAAGCCACAAAAGCUGGCCGAACUUCCAGAGACUCACCAGAUCCUCCGACAGACCUGCAGAGACUUUGCUGACCGAGAGUUGAUCCCCAUUGCUGGACAGCUGGACCAGCAGCACACAUACCCAGGGAAGCAGAUCCAGGAUCUGGGUGCGAUGGGGGUCAUGGCCAUGGAAGUGCCUGAGGAGCUGGGCGGAGCCGGGAUGGACUACCUGGCCUACAGUCUGGCUAUGGAGGAGAUCAGCCGCGGCUGUGCCAGCACGGGAGUGGUGGUCUCGGUCAACAAUUCCCUCUACAUCGGACCCGUUCUCAAGUUCGGAACAGAGGAGCAGAAGAAGCAGUGGAUUACACCGUUUACCACGGGAGAGAAGGUGGGCUGCUUUGCCCUCAGUGAGCCAGGUAACGGCAGCGAUGCCGGCGCCGCCUCUACCACCGCCCGUCAAGAGGGAGACGAGUGGGUCCUGAACGGCACCAAGGCCUGGAUCACCAACAGCUGGGACGCCUCGGCCACCGUGGUGUUCGCCACCACCGACAAGACGCUGAAGCACAAGGGCAUCAGUGCCUUCCUAGUCCCUAUGCCGCACCCUGGACUCUCUCUGGGGAAGAAGGAGGACAAGCUGGGCAUUCGAGCGUCGUCUACGGCCAAUAUCAUUCUGGAGGACUGCAGGAUCCCCCUGGGCAACAUGCUGGGUCCCCGUGGAGCCGGGUUCAAGAUCGCCAUGCAAACCCUGGACAGCGGGAGGAUCGGCAUAGCGGCUCAGGCUCUUGGUAUCGCCCAGGCGUCACUGGACUGUGCCGCAGACUACGCCCACAAGAGGACGGCGUUCGGUGCUCCCAUCGGGAAACUGCAGGCCAUCCAGUUCAAACUGGCUGACAUGGCCGUUGCUGUGGAGAGUGCUCGGCUGCUCACCUGGAAGGCUGCGCUGCUGCGGGACGCCAAGAAGCCCUUCACCAAGGAAGCUGCUAUGGCCAAGCUUGCUGCCUCCGAGGCUGCCACCUACUGUUCACACCAGGCCAUCCAGGUCCUGGGCGGGAUGGGGUAUGUAUCUGACAUGCCAGCUGAGCGACACUAUCGUGAUGCUCGGAUCACGGAGAUCUACGAGGGAACAAGUGAGAUCCAGAGACUGGUGAUUGCAGGACAGGUCCUGAAGGAGUACCAGGUGUGACCCUGAGCUCCACCUGGCAGCGAGACUGAGAGGAGGAGUCACUGAUUCCAUGGAUGUGACUGAACAAAUAAGACUUUAUCACUCUGAUGACUCAGGGUUUUGUGCUUCCCCAGCACUAGACCUAUCCUCACGGUCUGCAGUGACUGCCUCAACCAGCUCUGUGGUGAUUCCACUUCCCGUCAUCUCUUUUCUGUAUCUCCCCCCUGAGCCUGCAGGGGGCGCCGCAGUGCCUGUUGUCGUCGCUACCUCACUGUCCUGGAGCACCUGAUUGUAUCUCAUGGGGGAUUAAUAAAAAACAGACUAGUGUGUGUUCAGGUUUUAAAUCAACAGAACUUUAUUACUUUUUUAAACUUCAUUACAAAAGUACAAAAUUCGACCAAGAAUACA